AGCUGUAGUCACGUGGGCCCGCCGGCUCCCCAUGGUAACGGCGGCUGCGGGUCCGGCGGGUCCGGGCGGGCGGCCAGCAAAGAUGCUGCUGUAGAUGACUGACUCGCUUGUGCCUCACUUGCUACAUGGCCUCGGCAGGACCAGGCCAUGUUAACCUGGGCCGCAAACAGCAGAAGAGUGUUGGGCUGGAGUCAGGCACCCUUCUGGCAGAAAGAUCUCAGCCGUUCUGGGCCUGGCGCCUCGCUCAGCAGCAGGCGAAACCUGUCUGGAAUUUAGAUAAGAGGUAUGUGAGUGCUUUCCAGAAUCACAUCCUGCUGCCCUCAGGGAUCCCUCUGCAGCAAUCCUGCUUCUUGUGCUCACCGUCGCUAUGCCAUGCACAGCCCACUGAAGACACCCUCCGAAGCCCUCGAGGUAUUGGCUCUGUCAGAGGAAGGGUGAUGUCUUCCUUGCUGAUGGAGCCCUGCCUGCUGGCAGAGAAGCACUCUGGGACUGGGGUCAAAGGCUCUGCUCUCAGCUCAGGCCAGCAGGCUGCCUGCUCCUAUUCAUCAGUGCUCAAUAACAGCUCCUUCCUACAGCCAAGCAGUGCUAAAGUGCCUUUUCUGCAGUCACUGAAGAUCAAAAAGGUGGAAAACACUCAGAGUUUUCCUACUGCCUCAUGGUCCCACUCCAGAAACAAUGAAGACGGCUUCCCUAGCAGCCUGAUCAGCAGAGCAGUGACAAAUAGCAGCCUUGUGUCGCAGCAAACCGCAGUCCCCUCCUUUACCCCUGUGCCAAGCAGUGUGGUCCUCAGGAAGGACCUGUGCUCCUGGGAGGAUGCUAAGGGGAGACUUCACAGCUCAAAAGAGGAGGAGCCAGAGAAGGGCCUCUUGAAGGCUGUGCAGCUGCUACCCAGUCAGGCUGCCACACGGAAGGGCUUUGGGUGCCAAGUCGAAAGUUCUGGCCUUACGAAUGUCAGCAUCGUGUCCAACUGGAGCAGCAGGAGGAGACAGCAUAUCGGAGUGCAGAUCAUCCGGAAACAAACCAUCUCUCCCCUGAACUUGGAGCUGGGGAGCCAUCGCCUUAAGAGUAACUUGAGCCUUACGGGCACCUGUGGUGCCAUAGCCCGCCCUAAGCGGAUCAGUGUCCGUCCCUUGGCUUCACGCACUGGCACUACCAGCUCCAGCACCAGCUCCCGUUCCAUGGGCACGCGGAGCUCUCUGUGUGCUGGGGGCCAGGUGGCAAGAACAGAGCCUCUGCACUUCACUGUUAUCUCUGAAGUAACUGCACAGGUGUCCACCAUCUGUCUGGAGAAAGAGAAGAAACAGGCCCAGGCUGUGGUCCCAAGAAAGCUUAGUGCUCCUGCUGACACGUCACAACUAGAGCUGAGCCAUCCCGAAGAUGAUGCAGAGGAAGAACUUCCUGAUGGUCUGGACGAGAGCUGUGGUCAGGAGGAGUAUGAAGACAGUGACUCAGAUGCUUCCUCUGAUGCAUCAGACAGACACUCCGUGAUUACUGUAUCCAGGAAUUGCGUCAAGUAUCUGACCCAGCCGGCUGARGCUGAGGAGAAAGUGCUCAAACCAGCUCUUGUCUGCAGUUUAUUCCCUAAUGUGCCUCCAACUAUCUACUUCAGUACUCUGGAUGAGACAGUGGAAAAGCUGCCUUGGGAGCAGAGGAAGCUGCUGCGAUGGAAAAUGAGCAGAGUCACGCCUAACAUAGUGAAGCAAACCAUCGGCAGGUCCCACUUCAGAGUUAGCAAAAAAAGCAAUGACUGGCUGGGUUGCUGGGGCCCCCACAUGAGAUCCCCUGGCUUCAAAUCCAUCAGGGAGCACCAAAAGCUAAACCACUUCCCUGGUUCAUUUCAAAUUGGAAGGAAGGACCGUCUGUGGCGCAACCUGUUGAAGAUGCAGGCUCGCUGCGGGAAAAAGGAGUUCAACUUCUUCCCUCAGUCCUUCAUCCUGCCCCAGGACAUCAAAUUACUCAGGAAAGCGUGGGAGGAGGGAGCUAGCCGACAGAAAUGGAUUGUGAAACCACCAGCAUCAGCAAGAGGCGUUGGUAUCCAGGUAAUCCACAAAUGGAGCCAGCUCCCGAAAAGGAGACCACUGCUAGUACAGAGAUAUCUGCACAGACCCUACCUCAUUGGAGGGAAGAAGUUUGACCUGAGGAUCUAUGUUUACGUGACUUGCUAUGACCCCCUUAGGGUCUACCUGUUCCAGGAUGGAUUGGUUCGCUUUGCCAGCUGCAAGUACUCCUACUCGAUGGACAACCUCAGCAACAAGUUCAUUCACUUAACCAACUACAGUGUGAACAAGAAGAAUGCAGCCUACAAGUCUAACUCGGAUGAGAUUGCUUGUCAGGGACACAAAUGGGCACUCAAAGCUCUCUGGAGUUACCUGACCAAGAAGGGAGUUAAUAGCGAGGCCAUCUGGGAGAAGAUUAAGGACAUUGUUAUCAAAACCAUCAUUGCAUCUGAGCCCUACGUGAACAACCUGGUGAAAUUGUAUGUGCGCCGGCCUUAUUGUUGCCAUGAGCUGUUUGGGUUUGAUAUCAUGCUGGAUGAAAACCUCAAGCCCUGGAUCUUAGAGGUCAACAUUUCCCCAAGCCUCCAUUCCAACUCCCCACUGGAUGUMAGCAUCAAGGGCCAGAUGGUUCGGGACGUCCUCAACCUCGCUGGCUUCGUUCUACCCAGCGUGGACAGUGUGGUCUCAGGGACACAGACAAGAAGUGGCUCUACCUGCAGUCUGGGCAGUGCUUUGAGGGAGAAGUCCAAACUAGUAUCUGAGUAUUUCAAAGCAGAGAAGAUGAAGAAAGCCUAUUACUCGAUGCAGAAGAUACCUGACCAGGAGUUUUAUUCGUCUGUCUUGGACACCCUGACUCCAGAUGACGUUCGCAUCCUGGUGGAGACAGAGGAUGAGUAUUCCCGGCGUGGGCAGUUUGAGCGGGUGUUCCCCAACCACUUCUCCAUGCGGUACCUGCGCUUCUUCGAGCAGCCUCGUUAUUUUAACAUCCUGGUGACCCAGUGGGAGCUCAAAUAYUACUUGGAUAGACACAAAGGUCUAGAGCUGCUGAAGAACUGGUGCGUCAAAGGGUACCACACUGGGGCAAGGAUAGAUUUGGCCCAGAUGUGGUCAUUGCCAAAGUCAUUCUUGCUCCAGAAGGGUAUCAUUAAAUCAAAUGGCUUCAGCAGGCUGGAACUGGGCAGACUGAGCAGCUCGAGGACUCCUUUUUCCUGCAGCACGGGCCUCUCUUCAGUUGAUGAGGAUGUCACGGGAUGUCUGGAGCCCAGCCCUACUCAAAGCUUACCUCUCAAAAAGUGCACUGGUGGAGCCAACCAGAGAGCUGCUCGCUGCCUUGCUGACACUGCCCUGGUGAUGUGACCRUGCAGUCACUGUCCCUCCCUGGGGACACAUCAACCUACCUCAAAGGAAGAGACAGGAGCUGGCUCUCUAGAGCAAGGACUGCAGGAACCCUUCACAGUCUGCACGCUUGCUUGUGGGGCUGGUCUUAAAGAGGGAUGUUUUCCUGGGCAAAGAGGAGAGCUGUGUGACUUGAGUUUCUAAAACAAGUGGUAAAACUGGA